AUGCCUACCAACGAUAGGCAAGCAAACCAGCCCAGUAAGCAGGACGUUACGGAGGCAAUAGAAUGCUUCUUGGAGCUGUACAAACAACUCGUCGUCGAGAAAGAUUUCAAAGGAUACGACGGCAAACUUCUAAUAAAAGACAUUCGAUUUAUCGACGCCGAUCCAUUGGGUUCGUCUUCCUGGGACUUGACGGUCGAUGAGACAUGGUGUAAUAUGAAUAAUGUUCUGCACGGAGGUGCCUAUGGAUUGAUAUUUGACAUGUGCACUGCUAUUACGAUGCAGACUGUUUCCCGCCCUGGAUAUUGGGAGUUCCUAGCUGGCGUGACUCGGGCGUUGAAUAUCUCCUAUCUAAAGGCCGUUCCACUGGGCACCACGAUACGUAUCAAGUGCCAAAUCGAGCAGCAUGGCCGUACAAUGGCCUUGAUCAGCGCCUAUCUGGAGUCCCUUGACGGAAGUAUCAAGUAUGCAACAGCAGAACAUCACAAGGUCCAUGUUCCGGCAAUAAAAGAGGCGGCAGCUAGGUUAGAAGCCAUGAAAGCCGCUCGACGAAGAGAACGGCUGAAACUGUAG